AUGGCUCAUAUAGAGAAUAUGAAGUCCGCCCGCACGAUUUUUAAAUCACGACUAACAAGGUGUAAAACUUUCUUGGAUGGAGAUACACGAGAAACAAUGGUCGAACUCAUCGAGGGAAAAUUAAAAACACUAACAGAGAAAUUCGCUGAAUGGGAGCGAAGCAACAAGGCACUCCUCGAGCUCGACAUCGAUAACGUAGACAUCAACACCAAAGAAGCUGACACCAUAGAAGACAACUAUGAACUAGUGGCAGCUAGGAUGAGACGCCUCAUUAAAGAAAAAAAUUCACCCACAGUGCAAUCGCCAUCAACACAGCCGACGUCACCUCAUAAUGUACAUUUGGCAAAUUUCAAUAUGAAAUUGCCCGAAAUUACAUUACCAACCUUUGAUGGACGGUUCGAAACGUACAGAUCCUUCAGAGAUCAAUUCAACGCUCGUUUACCCAGUCAUGUUGAUAAGGUCAUCAGGCUACAGUAUCUCCAAACGUGCUGCAAGGGAGAAGCCUUUCAAGCCAUUGAGGCCCUGGACAUCACUGACGUCAAUUACGACGCAGCUUGGGCUCUCCUGGAUAAAAAAUUCGACAUCCCCAGGCAAGCUCUCCGACGGCAUUGCUCUCACCUCCUCAACAUUGGGAAAAGAAAUAAAGAACACACAUCGCUCAUCGACCUUGUCAACGCAGUGCGCCAACAACUACGCUCCAUCAGUGGUUUUGGUACAGCAGAGGACCAAUUGAAUGGCAUCAUAUGUACCAUCAUUCUCGACCAAUUGGAUGAAGACCUAGUAUUCCAAUGGGAAACCCUCAUAGAAGGCAAGGAGAUGCCAAAACACGAGCAACUCCUGGAUUUUCUUGAAAAACGUGGCAUUUGUGCUAAAAACGCAGACACAUCCAAAUCUUCCAGACAGAAGAACGAGUCACCACACAUCAAAGAUUUAGGACGAAAAAAUCCACACAUUAAGCGUCAACAAUAUGCCAGAUCCAGCCCUUCAGAGACAACCAGAGGUCAAACUUUCCUCACCAAUACUCCUAUGAAAUGUCCAGUCUGUUCAGAAGAACAUAGAAUUUACGAGUGUUCUAAGUUCACAGACAUGGAUGUUGAAAAUCGAAAGAAGCUAAUCUUCAAUCAAGGCCGUUGUCUCAAUGGCCUAGCCAAAGGACAUGGGAUAAAAGAAUGCAAAUCAAAGGCCUAUUGCAAGACGUGUAAUAACCCAGAAGCAAGGCAUCAUUCUCUUCUACACCAUGUCCGGGAAUCUCCAACAGCAUCAGCUAGCACCAAUUCAUCAGGACAGGACAUUCUCCCCACCGCCAUUGUGAAUUUGCUGAACAAAAAUCAUCAACCUGUUCAGUGUCGUGCUCUGAUUGAUACCGCCUCAACGAAGAAUUUCAUUACUCAAGAAUUGGCUGCUGAACUGGGCAUCAAAAGGUUAACCUGCUCCAUCCCCAUUGGAGCUCUAAACGAACUCUCCACAACUGUCCAUCAUCGGAUCCAGACAACGAUCACCUCUCAACAGAAUAACUUCAAAAAGGUAUUGAGUUUUCUAAUAGUUCCCAGAAUUUCAUCUCUCGUGCCCAGUGAUCAGAUUGAUCGUGAAUCACUGAACAUCCCAAAGAAUUUACCUCUAGCAGACUCGAAUUUCCACAAACCUGCGCCAAUUCAGGUCUUGUUGGGUUCCAGCACAUCCAUCUCCAUUCUUAGCAUAGGACAAGUCAAACUCCCCAACGCAGCAGACAUCUAUCUUCAAAAAACCGUAUUUGGUUGGAUUGUCUCUGGUAAUAUGUAUGACGAAUCUGAUGAUUAUCACGGAAACUGUCAUUUCACCGAAAUUAUGAAUGACUUUAAGAAAUUUUGGGAAAUUGAAGACAUCGGGCUCAGUGAGAGCCGACAAUCAGAAGUUGAAGUAGCUUGCCAAGCCCAUUUUCAAAAACACGUCUCACGCAACCUAGAAGGCCGGUAUGUGGUGGCACUUCCCUUUAAUGAAAAAAAGGAUCAGCUUGGUACUUCAUUGCUCCAAGCAAAACGCCGACUCCUCUCAUUGGAAAGGAAAUUCCAAUGGAACCCAAAACUCGCCGAGGACUACACGAAGGUCAUCAAGGAGUACCAGCAGCUGGGCCACAUGAAGAAAAUUGAAUCAGAGGUAGAAGAUGGCUUCUACCUACCCCAUCAUGCAGUUUUCAAGGAGACCAGUCUCACCACCAAGACUAGAGUGGUGUUCGACGGUUCAGCAUGUUCCAGUACGGGUAUCUCACUCAAUGACGCCCUGAUGGUCGGCCCAACCAUUCAGGACGAUAUCCUAGCAUUGGUACUUCGAUUCAGGCUCCACAACUAUAUACUCACUGGCGACAUCGAGAAGAUGUAUCGCCAAGUGCUGAUCAGACCUGAGGAUACCAAGUAUCAACGCAUCCUUUGGCGCGAACAGGGAAAAAUCACUACAUAUGAAUUACAGACAGUCACGUUUGGUCUCUCCUCUGCUCCAUUUCUCGCAGUCCGAUGCCUUCACCAGUUGGCUGACGACGAACACCACAAAUUCCCAUUCGCAGCAUCACGAUUGAAGCGAGAUCUCUAUGUUGACGAUCUUCUCACUGGAACCUCCACACUAGAAGAAGCCCUGAUCCUCAGAGACGAGAUGAUUAGCUUGCUCAAAGCUGGUGGUUUCAACCUGCGGCAGUGUGCCUCCAACUCUCACCAAGUUCUCCAAGGGCUCUCAGACUCUACAGUCAAUCUCCAGCUGCUUGGAGGUGAUGAUCCCACAUUGAAGACUCUCGGAAUCCAUUGGGAUUCACAACAGGACAGUAUUGUGUAUACUGUAAACCCCAUUGGCACCAGAGACAUCAUCACGAUGAGAACGAUCGCAUCAGACGUAGCACGCAUUUUUGAUCCACUUGGACUCCUAAAUCCAGUGGUCACACAUGCCAAAAUCAUCCAGCAAGAACUCUGGAGGCUGAAGCUGAAUUGGGAUGACUCCACACCAUUAGAAAUUCAUACCAGAUGGAAUGAAUUUGCCUCGCAGCUUCCCCUACUCAAUAAGAUGCAAUUCAAACGACAAGCCGCAACGAAUCUUCAACAUCUGGAAUUGCAUGGCUUCUGUGAUGCCAGCCAAGCUGCCUAUGGAGCCUGCAUCUAUCUAAAAUCAAUUGAAGAAAAUGGAAAGGUCCAGGUCAAUCUCUACUGCGCGAAAUCCCGGAUAACACCACUCAAGGGUACACACACGAUUCCUCGAUUAGAACUGUGUGCCAUGGAACUGCUGUCCAAACUGUAUGUCACCGUUAAAACAUCAACGAACCUCGUACCUCGACGAGAAAUUUUUUGGUCUGAUUCCACCGUGGCUCUCCACUGGAUCAAGACUCCUCCUCAUCUCCUCCAACGGUUUGUAGGCAACAGAGUGGCCCGAAUCCAAGAAAUUACCAAGGACAUCGAAUGGAGACAUGUCCGCACGCAUGAGAAUCCCGCAGACGCAGUAUCCAGAGGUCAACUGGCUUCUGAUUUCUUGAAAAAUCACCUCUGGCUACAUGGAACCCAAUGGCUUCAAUUACCUGAAGAGCAUUGGCCCCAUUUACAUAUUGCACGACCCACAGAACUACCGGAACUAAAGAAGGCCACCUGUCUCUAUAUGACUGAAACUCCCAAAAAUCCAUUUCUCCAUCAAUAUUCAUCUUUUGAGAAACUGAAACGAAUCACAGCACGAUGUUUGAGGUGGCAUCAGAGACUCCCACACAAACAUCUCACUCUCCAAGAACUACAAGCAGCAGAAACUAGGAUCAUGCAAUUAGUGCAUCAAGAAGCCUUCUCCACCGAACUAACUCUACUUCAACACGGACGACCUCUCCCUCUCAAGAAUCGACUCAAUAACCUCAGCCUGAAGCUCGAUGAAAACGGCCUCAUACGAGUUGGUGGACGACUGAGAAAAUCUCGUAACUUCCCUCUAGAUGGAAAACAUCCGAUACUUUUACCCAAAGGACAUCACAUCACCCAUCUUCUCAUCAAGAAACUCACUUGUCUAACCUACAUACUGGCAUUCAGACCACCCUCCAUCUACUUAGGCAGCGGUACUGGCCCAUUGACGGGCGCAGCCAAGUCAGAUUUGUCAUCCACAAAUGCAUCAACUGUGCUAGGGUAA